UAUCUUUUACUGAAACUACUGCCGACAAUGUCUACCUCCCGUACAGUCAUAUGUUUACUGAGAAACGACUUGCGGCUCCACGACAAUGAGCUUUUCCACUGGGCUCAAAGAAAUGCAGAGCACAUAGUCCCACUGUACUGCUUUGAUCCCAGACAUUAUGUUGGAACGUACAACUACAACCUGCCAAAAACUGGACCUUUCCGCCUGCGCUUCUUACUGGAGAGUGUCAGGGACCUCAGAAACACGUUACUCAACAAGGGCAGCAACCUGGUGGUUAGACAGGGGAAGCCAGAGGAGGUAGUUGCCGACCUCAUCAAGCAGCUGGGCUCUGUCAGCACCGUGGCUUUCCAUGAAGAGGUAACUUCAGAAGAACUGAAUGUGGAGAGCAGAGUGAAGGAAGUCUGUGCGCAGAUGAAGGUCAAAGUCCACACCUGCUGGGGGUCUACGUUGUUCCACAGAGAUGAUCUGCCGUUCCCCCACACGUCCAGACUGCCUGAUGUGUACACACAGUUCAGGAAGGCAGUGGAGACCCAGAGCAGGGUGAGGCCUUUGUUACCAACCCCUGAGCAGCUGAAGCCCCUCCCCCAAGGGCUGGAGGAGGGCGCUAUCCCUACAGCAGAGGACCUACUACAAACAGAGCCUAUGAGUGAUCCUCGCUCGGCCUUCCCCUGCAGUGGUGGUGAGAGUCCGGCUCUGGCCAGACUCAAGCACUAUUUCUGGGACACUAAUGCGGUGGCAACUUACAAGGAGACUCGUAAUGGCUUGAUGGGUGUGGAUUAUUCCACUAAAUUUGCACCCUGGUUGGCGAUGGGUUGCAUUUCACCCAGGUAUAUUUAUCAUCAGCUCCAGCAGUAUGAAAGGGAGCGAACAGCCAACCAGAGCACGUACUGGGUCAUUUUUGAGCUUUUGUGGAGGGAUUACUUCAAGUUUGUGGCUGUCAAGUACGGAAACAGACUGUUUCAAAUCAAAGGACUUCAAGACAAAUCUAUUCCAUGGAAAAAGGACAAGGAGCUUUUCAACGCAUGGAAAGAGGGGCGCACAGGAGUGCCCUUUGUGGACGCCAACAUGAGAGAGCUGGCAUUGACGGGCUUCAUGUCCAACAGGGGGCGGCAAAACGUUGCAAGCUUUCUCACUAAGGACCUGGGCCUGGACUGGAGGAUGGGAGCCGAGUGGUUUGAGUAUCUUCUGAUUGACCACGAUGUCUGCAGCAACUAUGGCAACUGGUUAUACAGCGCUGGCAUAGGAAACGACCCCAGAGAAAACCGCAAGUUCAACAUGAUCAAGCAAGGCCUGGACUAUGACAGCAAUGGUGACUAUGUGCGCCAGUGGGUUCCUGAGCUGCAGGGCAUCAGGGGAGCAGACGCGCACGCACCCUGGACCCUCAGCAGUGCGGCGCUGUCACGCGCUCAGGUGUCCCUCGGUGAAACGUACCCCACCCCCGUCGUCAUGGCGCCUGAGUGGAGCAGACACGUUAACAAGAAACCGAGUGGAGCGGGGCCUUCACCAAGAGGAAAGAAAGGCCCGUCUCACACUCCAAAACAACAUCGAGACAGAGGCAUUGAUUUCUACUUCUCAAAGAGCAAAAACCUGUGAUCUGCCUCCAAGCAAAAGCUGAGCACACACUGCAGUAUGCCUCAUGGACAGAAGCUUCAGUGACACAACAACCUGGACUGCUGCUGUAAAACAUGUGAUGCACAGAGGGAAGUAGUCUAAUGAGGAUUUAAGGGAAAUGCAUGGUCCCUCUCACACUUGCAUACUUAGCUAUAUGGGCCACCAAGUAGUGCUCAUUGAGCACCUCGUACGCACUCAUGUUUCCUGUUACCCUGAAGUAACUCUAAAAGCCACUGUGGUUUUUAGUUCGGUGAAUUAGAUACCUGGAACUUUGAGCUUGUGGUUUUGAGGCAAUGUUUAUCAUCUAAGUUUAUUAUUUUUGUUCAGGAAAAUAUCUGAUGUUGCUUUUUUUUUUUUUUAAUUAAACUUUUGCAGUUUUGCAUAUUUAU